UCGACGCGUGUACAAUAUUGGAAAUCAAGUCUUAUAAACAAAAUGGCUGCGACCAGUACAGAAAACUUUGAAAAUUGUUAUGCUGCUUUAAUUGGAUUAGCAGAAAACUACAGGACUGCUUCUCCACCAAAUAUAAGGCUGUGUAUUCAUUGCCUGCAGUCCAUAUUCUCAUUAAACCCUCCACCACCAAUCAAAGCAAGGACACAUCUUCAAUUAGGAACAAUUUUGCAUUCCCAUACAAAGAACAUUGAUCUGUCAAAACAACAUUUAGACUCGGCGUGGAAACUUUCCAUUGAUCUUGCAGAGGUUGAUGAUGCCAAGUUUGAAGCAGCUAGUCUGUUGGCAUACAUCUAUGACAAGCAGAGGAAAAGCAGUGAAGCAAAGCCAUUAUUGUUACAGGCCAUUGAGCUUUCAAAGUCCGCCCCAUUCUGGCAUUGCAGAAUGCUUUUUCAGCUUGCACAAAUCUAUGCAACAGAGAAAGACUUCACAGCUGCCUGUCGGCUGCUUGGAGACGGAGCAGAAUAUGCACUAGCAGCAAAAUCCCAGUACACCACACUUCUCUUUCUGCUCUCCAAAGGAAUGUUGCUGCUGAUCAAUCGUGAUGCAGUACAAGUGAAUGAGACGUUGUCAAGGGCAGGCAUGAUGAUAGAUCAGUGGACAGGUGCGGCCGUCCAGCAGGAGUCACUGAAAGUGUUCUUCCUGGUGCUACAAGUGUGCCACUAUCUGUCAGCUGGGCAGGUUAAGAGGGUGAAGCCAGCAUUAAAGCAGUUACAGCAAAGCAUACAGGCUAUAACACAGCUGCACUCAGAUGAUGAUCAUGUGAGCAGCAACAAGAUUGACAUGUUCCAGUGGCUGCCAAAGGAACAUAUGUGUGUCCUGGUCUACCUGGUGACAGUGAUGCAUUCCAUGCAGGCAGGCUAUAUGGACAAAGUACAGAAAUACACGGAUAAGGCCCUCAUGCAAAUUGAAAAACUCAAAAUGUUGGAUGCCCAUCCGUUGUUGUCAUCGUUUCAAAUCAUGCUUCUAGAACAUAUCAUCAUGUGUCGCCUCAUAAUGGGGAACAAGACAACUGCCAUACAAGAGAUAUUCCAAGCCUGCCAUGUUUGCCAAGGUCAGCCAAGGUUAUUCACCACUCACAGGGCACAAAUACACACACUGCUGGGUCUGUAUGCGAUGUCAAUGAACUGCAUGGAAGCAGCAGAUGCCCAAUUCCACACUGCCAUCAAGCACUCGGAUAGUACAGAUCUGUCCUUGUUCAUCUAUAUGAAUCUUGGAAUCGUGUAUCUUCGCAUGGGCAAACAGCAGGAAUUCCUUGGAUUACUCGAGAGGAUUAAUCCAGAAAAGUUGGAACAUACAAAAGGCAACAUUAAGUGUCCAAUCUUCAUUUCCCACAGUCUGAAGGCCUCUGCGUACUACGUUCAAGGACUACAGACGUUCUUUCAAGCCAGAUUCAAUGAAGCAAAGAGCUACCUGCGAGAGACGCUGAAGAUGGCGAAUGCUGAGGACCUGAACCGUCUCACUUCCUGCUCUCUCGUCCUGCUGGGGCACAUCUUCCUCUCGCAGGGAAACAGCAGGGAAUCCCAGAACAUGGUGACCCCAGCCAUGCAGCUGGCAGGCAAGAUACCAGACGUGCAUGUUCAGCUAUGGGCCUCUUCAUUACUGAAAGACCUGUAUCGGCUGUCAGGGGACUCUGUAAAGGAAGAGGAGGAGUGUAGACUGCACGCAAACUUCUCCAAGAUGCUGCUAGAGGACCACUUCCAGUCCACACAGCUUUCAGAGCAUGGGCUGAUACAGUGGACUGAUGGACCAUGUCCAUUUCAUUUGAACACUACUGGAGGCAUCUAGGACGCUGAUGAAUUUGGAGGAAUGAGUAGCAGCUACCCAGUCACCAGGCUUUAAAUCAACCUGUCUAGAGAAAGAAUAUAUUAAAUUUAGAAGAUUAAAUUUGAACUGAAAUCACAUUCAAUCUUCUGAAUGGAUGCUAGUUGUCUUGUAUAUUCUGCAGAAUUUUAAACAAUUUUUUAAGUGAUCAUGUAUACAAUAAGACAGUUCACUGGUCAUUUACCUGUAGUACUAGAGUGUUAAGUGAAUUCAGUAAAAAACACCUUUAUAUAAACUACCGGUCUUUGUUUGCCCUCUACUGAGGACAUAUGGGACAGCAUCACCCAAUGGGUGUUUGUUUUGGGUGGGUGGGGUCGUAUUAUCCAUUGAAAUUGUGUUUUGGCUGUAUAACUUUUUAUUGCCUUGGACGAUUUUAAAAGGACUUGUUUACAGUCCGUAUAUUUUUUUAUUGUCAUUAAAUGUGUUUAGUAAUAAAAUUGUUGUUUUUGCAAUAGUUUUGAAUAAUUUGAACAACUAGAAGCAAAAACUUAUGUGCUUCCACUGCGCUGUGCAGGCUUUUGAAGAGUAGAUUAAAAGCCAUGUUUAUUCAUUUUCAGAUUAUGAUCGAUGAUUAUCAAUAAAGUAUCAUAUGGAUUAAAUAUUUUAAUUAGCGUUUUAAAAUAUUAUGGAUGUAUUCUUUUUUUAAUCAAUUAUAAAUUAUAAACAAUGUUUAUUUUGCUAAACUGUUAACAAGCCCCUUUCAUAAUAUGACUUUUCAUGAUUCUCCAUGACCAAAUGUGAAAGAUCAAGGUCAGGCAAUUGGCAUAUAUUUUCUUUUCCACUCCAUAACUUAUGACAAGGAAGAGUUGAUAUAAAUUUGUUUGUUUAGUUACUGAUGUAUUGCAUCCCGGACCAGGAUAUCCUUUGGAGCAUGUGUUACCUUCUGUGGCAAGCUUUGAGUAAUCUUUUAAUAUAUUGUUCAUACAUUAAUGUCAAUUUUGUUUGUUAGAAUAUUGUGCAUGAGGAAUAAUUAAAUAUUCUAUACAAUAUCACUCAGGAGUAGUACUUAAGAAAUGAACAAUGACAUAUUUUAGCUUUGUAUUUGAUUGGGUAGCUAACUUAUGUUGUUCUUGUGGUUUUGUUAUAUGAAAUACACAUAUGAAACUCACAUACUAUAAUGUUUAUGAGGUGUUUUAGAUUGAAAUUAAAAAAUCAGUUAUUUGGGUAAGAUAAAGAUCAGUUUGUUUUUUAUGCCCCCGGUAGGGUGGCAUAUAGCAGUUGAACUGUCUGUCAGUUAGUCUAUCCGUCCGUCCGAAAAAAACGUUAACAUUAGCCAUAACUUUUUCAAUAUUCAAGAUAGUAACUUGAUAUUUGGCAUGCAUGUGCAUCUCAUGAAGCUGCACAUUUUGAGUGGUGGAAGGUCAAGGUCAUCCUUCAAGGUCAAAAAAAAAUUAAAAAAUCAAAGCGGCGUUCUCAUGAAGCUGCACAUUUUGAGUGGUGGAACUUCAGGGUCAAGGUCAUCCUUCAAGGUCAAAAAAUUUUUUUUUAAUUCAAAGCAGCGCAAUAGGGGGCAUUGUGUUUCUGACGAACACAUCUCUUGUUUUAAGCUAACCUGAGCACAAUGCGUUCAAGGUGAGCUUUUGUGAUCUCCUUUUGUCUGUCACGCGUUUGUGAUGGCUUGCAGCAUCAACAUUUGCCUUGUUAACACUCUAGAGGCUACAUUUAUUGUCCAAUCUUCAUGAAAUUUGGUGAGAAGAUUUAUGCCAAUGAUAUCUUAUACACAGGUUCGAAAAUGGUUCCAGUUGGUUGAAAAACAUGGCGACCAGGGGUCGGGGCAUUAAUCCUAAUAUGGCUAUAUUAAAACCUUGUGAACACUCUAAGAGGCCACAUUUAUUGUCUGAUCUUAAUGAAACUUGGUCAGAAGAUUUGUCCCAAUGAUAUCUUGGACAAGUUCAAAAUGGUUCCAGUUGGUUGAAAAACAUGGCCGCUAGGGGGUGGGCCAUUUUCCUAAAAUGGCUUUAGUAACACCUUGUUUGCACUCUAAAACUUACAUUUAUAGUUCACUCUUCAUGAAACUUGGGGUCAGAACAUUUGUUCUUAUGAUAUAUCAAGUUGCACAGAACAGGUCAGUUCUUUUUUUUGUAUCUCAGGUGAGGGACUUUGGGCCUUUCAACCCCUCUUUUUUAUUAAUGUCAUUUUUUUUUUUUAGCAAAAUCCUGAGUAAUGAUUACAUUAUCUUGGGUAGGAAUCAAUUAUGUGCAAUAAUUAGUGUUGGUCUACAUCACUGCUUGCUACUUUUGUACGAGUCAAAUUUUGCUGUAAUUUUGCAUGCAUUUGUUUGUUCCCCAAAAAGGAUGAGCAUAUCGUUGACGUGUUGUUUGUCUGCUCAAAUUCUUAUAAUGAUGCAGCUCAGUUUGCGUGAGUCUGAACAGUUUUCCCGAUAAUCGUCUCUGUCCAACUUCCGUCUUUGUGUCUGUCUUUCCAUGUGUCACACUUUUGGUUUAGUGCAAGAAACAAAUUAUUUUAAUUUUAUGAAACUUGAUCUGCAGUAUCCCUAUUAGGUGGACAGUUGCAUCCUUGAGAGAUUGUUCCGGACCAUCGAUUUUUCAAGCAAGGGAGUUGGUGCCCUUUUAUUUGAUUUAUAUGUCACUUUUUGUUUCUGUUCAAGAUCUCAGAUACUUAUAAUCCAAAUUUAAUGAAACUUCAUAUUCAGCAUCCUUUAAGGGAAGCCAUAUGCAUCAUUGUCAGGUUGUCCCAUGCCAGUGAUUUUUUAGAGAGUUAUUCCCUUUCGAAUAAUUAUAUGUCAUUUUUUGUUUUAAGCACAAGAUCGAUGGUAUAAGUUUGAUCAAACCUAUGAUGCAGCAUCUCUAUAUGGAGGACAUGUGCAACAUUGUAAGAUUGUCCUGUGCCAGUGAUUUUUCUGGGAGUUAUUCCCCUUUGAUUAUUGAUGCGCUAUUUUCUAAAGAAUUUUUUUGUGUCAGAACAAGAUCUCAGGAAGAAAUUAUCGAAAUUUCAUUAAAUCUUGAAUUCAUUUUUCUUUAAGGGUGUUGUAAGGUCAUACCGAUCGGUUGAUUUUUCAGGGGACUUUGCCUUUUGAAUAAUACGGUAAUAUCUUCCCAUGUGAGAUCUCUGACACUUGUGAUCUAAACUUCAAGACACUUCAUAUGCAGCAUUCCUAUUAGGUGGACAUGCAUAUAUUGUCAGGUUAUUCCAUUCAAUAUUUGUUUUAGGCAAUUAUAUUCCUUUGAUUAAUAAAAUGAUUUUUUUAAUGAAUUUUAUAUUUUUGUUUCUGAUGUCCUGAAGUAAUGAUCUGAAUUUGCUCAAUCUUUAUAUGCAGUGUACCUCCAGAGCAAACAUGGCCAUUUGGUAAUGUCAUUCUGCUCCAGUGAGUUUUUAGGGACUUGAUUUUGGUCAUUGUUUUCCAAAAAUUAACAAACAAUUAUCCACAAAGCGUAUCACAGGAGAGCAUCUGUCAGUUUCACCAAUAUUCUUUAUAGAUUUUUGUGUGUGUCUUUGUCAGGGGAAGAUUAAACAUAUGAUUGGAUGUGCAAACGGCAUAAUGUACCAUCUACAUGUAUACAACCUUUGUGGUAUUAAACAUGUCAAUUUAUCAAUACAUUAUUCAGAUUGGGUGCUUAAUCCUCAAAAUCUGAAGAAUAUUUUAGUGCAUUAUUUCAUCAGAUUAAAUAUGAAUGUAUCAAUUUAAAUUGAAUGGGAGAAAACUUUCAAAUUGAAAAUAUAAUUAAUGUUUCAUUCUUUUUUCCAAUUGUUCUCCACAAUACAGCAUUGUUGCUAGGAUUUCUUUAUAAAUACCUCAUGUCAUUAAAGCAACAUAAAUAAA